AUGCUGCUGAUCCUCGUACCACUGGUUCUGUUUGUUGUCUCCUCGGUCUGUGCGCUUGAGAAUGGGAUCGUUGGGUCGUACAACAAGGCCAUCAAGGAGUCGUUGCUAUGGGGAGCGUAUCGGCCAAAUGCAUACGUGGGUAUUAGACCACGUCUGCCACACUCGCUGAUCAGUGGUCUGUUCUGGUUCAAUGCUGAUGAUAUGAACAGCAUGAACUCCAUCAGACACUACUGUGAUCAAAAUUUGGACUUCCAGGGUUUCGGGUGGGAGCAUUAUGACCCGAGAUUCGGAGGUUGUCAGGUUAUGAGGGAUAACGAACUGGGUAUCGACAUCUCUACUGAUUUCGUCAAGACUGACGAUGGAAACUGGGCUCUGAGGGUUAGAGGAACACCAAGGAAGGGCUAUGAGACCAAGACAAUAUCUAUCAUCUACUAUACUUCACUGGAAGGCCCAAAUUCAAUGCUGGCGUCUGCUACUGGAUAUAAGGAUGAAGGGUUCCCACCUGGACAAUCCAUCAAGCUCUUUGGACAGUCGAUGGAACUCGGAGGGUUCGACCUGGACAUCACAGAUGGCCCUUCGACAAAUGUACACAAGAGAAUCAAGAAAAGCCAAAUGUUGGAACCGGACAUGAACCCAAGAAUGACACACUACAUGUCUCUUAACGUCCCUGAUGAUAAUGCAUGGAAAGUGACAGAUAUAUACGGUGUCCUGCUACAGGAUUCCAUAAAGCAACUUGCUGAGAAGCACCAUCAGACGAGCCGCACACCAGAUCCAUCUUCUCUUUUCACUCUGAGAAAUUUGAACCAUUUCGAAGGAAACCUUCACAUGGUUCAGAAAUUCUUCACUGGUGAAUUUGAAUUCGACAUAAUCUACAACAGUGGUGAAUCUGAGACUAAGAUCACGUCUGAGUCGAUUCCAGGCUUGAUCAAAGAAACAAGAAAGAAAUUUGAUGACAAGUUUGAAACAGCUUUUGACAUUCAAGAACCUUUUAACUCUGAUACGAAGUAUACUACUUUUGCUAAGGAGACAUUUGCAAAUUUGCUCGGUGGUAUUGGAUACUACUACGGUGACCACCUGGUUGAUCGUCAUUCUGAGCUGAAUGAAGAGACAUAUGACCAGAUCAAGUUGGAUGGUACGCUAGAAGGUCCGUUUGAACUGUUUACUUCCUGUCCAAGCAGAACCUUCUUCCCACGUGGAUUUUACUGGGAUGAAGGUUUCCAUCUGAUUCCAAUGCUUGACUAUGACGUUGAUAUCACUCUAGAAAUCUUGAAAAGUUGGUUUGAUCUGAUAGAUGACGACGGAUGGAUCGCAAGAGAGCAGAUCUUAGGACCAGAAGCCAGAUCAAAAGUCCCUGAAGAGUUCCAAGUCCAAAGUCCAAAGAUUGCAAACCCACCAACCAUGAUGCUUGUAUUUGCUAAACUACUCUCAAAGGCUAAGGAAGCACAAGACUCUAGAGGAUUUGAUAGUGGCCUGGAAGAACCUGAGCAAGUGUUGGAAUACGGAGACUUGGACUUCAAGGACAUUUCCGAUGCGCAUAUUAAAUAUCCAGAGUUGUUGUUGGAUUAUUCUGAACAUAUUUAUCCAAAAUUACAACUUCACUACAACUGGUUCCGAAAGACACAGAAGGGUGAACUGGACGAGUUUGACCGUAAACCUUACUCCAAUAUAGAGGCUUAUAGAUGGAGUGGUCGCAGUUACACUCAUUGCUUACCGUCUGGCCUUGAUGACUACCCUAGGGCACCGGUGCCAGACCUUGCUGAGCUGAACGUUGAUCUAAUCAGUUGGAUGGGUAUAAUGACAAGGGCCAUGAAGGAAAUUGCACAGCUAUUGGGGAAGAGUGAAGAUGCUGCUAAAUAUCAAAAGAUUGAGCAUGACAUUCAACAGAAUAUUGAGGAUUUACACUGGUCCGAAGAUGACAAGGCAUACUGUGACGUUUCUGUCAAUAAGCACGAUGACGAUGCAUUCUUUUGUUUCAAAGGUUAUGUCUCCCUCUUCCCAUUCCUUUUGAAACAGAUGGCACCUGAAAAUCCUCAUUUGAAAGAUAUCUUGGAACUGAUAUCGGACCCAGAACAGUUGUUCUCUCCUUAUGGAAUUAGAUCGCUCUCUAAAGAGGACCCUCUCUACAAGACUGGUGAGAACUACUGGAGAUCUCCAAUCUGGUACAAUAUCAACUAUCUGGUUCUUGAUGCGCUUCGCUAUUACGCUACAGGUGAAAAUGGCUCUAAACUUGACGAAUCAACAAGACAGUUGGCUAAUGAAACGUAUACUCAGUUAAGAAUCAACCUCGUGGACAACUGCUUGGAUAACUGGAGCAAGACGGGCUAUCUUUUCGAACAGUACGAUGAUGUCACGGGAUCUGGACAACGCUCUAAGCAUUUUACUGGAUGGACUGCUUUGGUCGUUUCCAUGAUGAAGAUGCCCCCAACUUUGUGA